CGAGUCAUUUUUCAUCAUGGCGGCUUCGAAGGGGAUGAAGCAGUUACUCCAAAAGCAGUUUUUUCCGAGAAUGGUAACUUGGAAUUUACGGACUGUACACGGCCACCAUGGAAAAGUAACCCAGCGAGUAUCGAGAGAAGACUGUGGAAGAAGACUGCCAUAUCCCACCCCCAGGCAUGAAGGGCUGGACUUGUUGUGGGGAUUGCCCAGGAGAGGAUGAUUUACGACUUGGAAGAUCAGCAAAACUAAUCAACAGUAAUGCAGCAAGUUUCAUCAAGAAUUACCCAUUCUUGUUGCAAAAUCCCAACUGCUGUUUGCUUAGCAAAAGUGAUUCUGGCAAAGCAGCAUACUAUAGAAAUCAGAAUUUUCAUGUUAUAUUACCAGAAAGUCCUGAGCAAAGAAUACAAGAAUUGUUUCUUCCCUUUUACCCUUCAAGUAUCAGCACAGUCAUUGGUGACCGUGCUUGUCAUGAACUUACAAUUGGAGAUGCCAGAAGAGCUCCUACAACUUUACACUGCAAAAGGAUCCUAAAAAUACGUCGUAAGAAGAUGAAAAAGCAUAAAUAUAGAAAAAGAAGGAAGCUAAACUUGUACAAGCGCAGAAAUUUAAAGAUUCUUAGAGAGAAAAGGAAGAAGAAGGAGAAAAGAGAAGAAGAACGGAAGAUUGAGUGGGAGAAGGUUCAUUCAGACUGACAAUGUGCACUUGAUAUUGUGAACAAGAAGAAACUUUGAAUUAAAAACUAAUAAUUACGUCUAGGGAGAUUUUGUAAGUUGUUUACAGAAAUUAUCAACAUGUGAUGUCGAACCCAAAUGUUCCAGUGAUGGAGGUGUUUAAUAAGACUUUCCUCAUUACUGCCCUUUGGUGAUCUGCUGCUGUGAAGCUGGCAUUUGUAAUAAAUAUGGAAUGAACCUUAUUAAAAUGACCUUUUUUUUUUUUGUAAUUUUUAUUAUUAUUAAAAUGACCUGCUUAC